AUGACUACCCGACGACAACGCUUGCAAUCAUCAUAUGCAAUUAAUAAUGAGCAAGAUUCUCCAUAUAUUUCAUCGCAACAAGAAAAUGAAACUUAUAUUUGCUCAGUUGGUACGUUAACACGAUCAUCAAGGCUAGCUACAAAUCUUGAUCCUGGGCCUUCCAAUGUUCAGCUCUCAAAUUUUUAUCAAGGAGAGAGCUCACGUUCUCAACCUUCAUUGUAUUCUCAAAACUGGCAAGAUCAUGAUUGUUUAGCUUCUACAAACAAUCAAUCUUACUCAUUACAAUCAUCAACUUUAUCAUACGCUGAUAGUCUUGGUGCUUCUGGUUCAACCUGUGUUGAUCAUGAACUUACAGCUUCUGCAGUUGAGCAACUAAUGAUUGGGCAAGCUUCAUAUCAAAAAAAAAGAAAAAGAAGUAUAAAUGAGUACAUUGACUUUGGUGACAAAACAUUCAAAUGCUCUCAUUGCAAGGCUUUUUUCUGGCUUGAUGAGAAGCUUGCACGCUCAACCAAAACCAAUCCACAAUUCUCACUUUGUUGUCUUGGUGGAAAGAUUAGGCUUCCACGACCAUUAUCGACGCCUCAUGUUCUUGAUAAACUUCUGGACCCUGCAUUUGGUGAAGCUUCUAAGAAAUUCCGCACAAAUAUUCGAGCCUACAACUCUAUGUUCGCUUUUACAUUCAUGGGGGCUAAUAUAGAUCACUCAGUUAAUUGUCGACCUGGGCCCUAUGUUUUUAAGAUAAAUGGCCAUUGUCAUCAUUUAAUGGGUUCUCUUUUGCCUUCUGAUGGAGAGACUCCAAAGUUUGCUCAACUUUAUAUUUAUGACACUACAAAUGAAGUUGCAAAUCGACUAGCACCGUUUCCACAUGGGAGCUCUGCUUCAACUUUAGAUGAAUCUGUUGUCAAGGAUCUUAUUGACAUGCUUAAUUCAACUAAUUGUUUAGUUGGCUUAUUUCGUCAUGCUUCGCAAAGGCUGUCAAUGUCUGACAAUCCUGGAUAUAAACUACGGUUGCUUGGUCAAAGAACUCAUGACUCAAGACAGUAUAAUGACCCAUCUUCAGAUGAUAUUGGUGGCUUGAUUGUUGGAGAUAUUGGUGAUUAUCGUUCAGAACGAGAUAUUGUUAUUGAAAGUUCUUCAGGGACUUUACAAAGAAUCUCUAAAUUGCAUCCAAAAUUUAUGUCAUUGCAGUAUCCUCUUCUUUUUCCAUUUGGUGAAGAUGGUUAUCGAACUAAUAUUAGUUUUGCCAACCAUGAUAAUCAAGUUCAUAGAAGGCGUCAAAAUGAAGACAGGCUUGAUUACAUUAGAAUGAACCAAAAUGAUCUUCGGACUGAACUCUAUCAAGGCAUUAAUGAAGCUGUUCUUAGAGGUGAUAUUCAAGGGUCCAAGACAGGAAAAAUUAUUCUCCCCUCUUCUUUAACUGGUAGCCCGCGAUACAUGAUAAAUAAUUACCAAGAUGUUAUGGCCAUUUGUAGGGCAUAUGGAAAUCCAGAUCUUUUCAUCACAUUCACAUGCAAUACAAGCUGGCCUGAAAUCCAAAGAGAGCUUAAAAAAGGCAGACUUUAUAAACAUGAAGACAAGCCUGAUAUAAUCACACGUGUUGUUAGACCAAAGGUUCUUGAUAUGUUGAAGUUCAUCAAAUCUGGUGUCCCUUUUGGCAAGACAAUUGCUGAUGUAUGCUCAAUUGAGUUUCAAAAGAGAGGGCUUCCACAUGCACAUAUUUUGGUUUGGCUUGCCUCUGAAUUUAAAUGUCGAACUGCUGAUGAUGUUGACUCGAUUGUUUCUGCUGAAAUACCAGAUAAGAAUAUUGAUCCUUUAUGUCAUGAAAUUGUCUCUAAGUUCAUGAUACAUGGUCCAUGCGGCGUUGCAAAGCCGAAUGCACAAUGCAUGUUGGAAUGUAGAUGUGCAAAGUCAUUUCCAAAAAAAUUCAAAGACUCAACUGUUUUUGGUGAGAAUGGGUUUGUUUAUUAUAAGCGACGUGAAUGCCGCAAUAAUUUUGUUCUCAAGGAUGGAAUAAUGCUUUGCAAUGACUAUGUUGUUCCAUACAAUAAAGAACUUUUAAUGCGGUAUAAUGCACAUAUAAAUGUUGAGAUAUGCUGUCAAUCAAUGCUCAUCAAAUAUCUAUUUAAAUAUGUCAACAAAGGGCCUGAUAGAUGUCGUAUGGUGCUCCAAAAUGAAACAAAUGAUGAGAUACAAGCAUAUCUUAAUUGUCGUUUUAUCUGCCCCUAUGAAGCUGUUUGGCGUAGCGAGUCUCUCCAUUCUGUUCUUAGAAGGCCGGGUAUUAAUAAAACAAUGCUUACUGAAUGGUUCGAAUGCAACAAGAAAGAUUCUAAUGCACGAGAACUUUGCUAUUCAGAAUUUCCAAGCAAGUAUGUAUGGGAUGCUGGGCAAAAAGAAUGGAUUACAAGAUCAAAGGGGUUUAGCCUUGGGCGUUUAACAUAUAUACAUCCUGCUGCCGGGGAACUUUAUUUUUUACGAUUGCUUUUAAACCAUAUUAAAGGGCCAAUAGGAUUUGUUGAUUUAAGAAAAGUUGAUGGGAUUGUUUAUCCAACAUUUCAACUUGCUUGCAAAGCAUAUGGGCUUUUAGGCGAUGAUAAAGAAUGGUCUGAGGCUUUUUGUGAAGCCAUCACAACUGCAACAUCUCCACAACUUAGACAACUUUUUGUCAGCAUUGUUUUAUUUUGUGAAAUCGUUGAUCCUUUGGUUUUAUUCAAUCAAUUUUGGCAUUCAAUGCACGAUGACAUCCUUUAUAGGUUGAGAAUAUCUUUUAAAAUGCCAAAUUUGAUUUUAUCUGAUGAUCAGCUUAAGAAUUAUGUGUUAUAUGAGCUUGAACAACUUUUCAAUGAUGCUGCAACAACACUUCAAGAUCAUAAAUUGCCAAUGCCCAAUGGCCAAUUGUUAAUUGAAAUUAGGAACAAGCUUCUAAGAGAAGAACUUAAUUAUGAUCUUGCUGACCUUAAGAGUCAACAUUCAGUCAAUCUCCCCCUUCUCAACAAUGGACAGAAAAUAAUAUAUGAUUCAGUUGUUGCAGCUGUCCUUCAAAAGAAACAAAGUUUAAUCUUUGUUCAUGGUCAUGGAGGAACUGGUAAAACUUUUUUAUGGCAUACAAUCAUCAAUCGCAUCAGAUCUGAGGGGUUAGUUGUCCUUGCUGUGGCCUCAUCCGGUAUUGCAUCUCUUUUAUUACCAGGCGGUCGUACAGCCCAUUCAAGAUUCAAAAUCCCACUUACUGUUGAUGAAUUAUCAACAUGUGCCAUCAAGAAAAACACACAUCUCUCUAGCCUUCUUGAAAUAACUUCUCUUAUAGUUUGGGAUGAAGCGCCAAUGAAUAACAGGUGUUGUUUUGAAGCCCUUGACCGUUCAAUGCGUGAUGUCCUCUCAGGGUGUGACAAUUGUAGUCGAGAUCUUCCAUUUGGCGGUAAAACAGUUUUGCUUGGCGGUGAUUUUCGCCAAAUAUUACCAGUUAUUCCUGGUGGAACAAAAGAAGAGAUAAUUAAUGCUUCUCUAAGCAGCUCAGCUUUAUGGCCUAAAUUUACUGUAUUAACUCUUACAGAAAACAUGCGCCUCUCUACUCAUGGUCUAGCCGCUGAAGAAAGAACUGAAAUCAGCGAAUUUGCUAGGUGGAUUUUAAGCGUUGGUAAUGGUGAUAUCUCUGAUUUACCUUUCUCUGGUGAGUUAGAUGAUUCUUUUAUUAGUAUUCCCUCAGAUCUACUCCUUCAUGCUUCAUGUGAUCCAAUUCCAGCCAUUGUCUCAGCAAUUUAUCCAUCUAUUUCUGAGCCUCAAAUGGACCCCUGCUAUUUUAGAGAAAGAGCCAUUGUAACAUCGAAAAACACAACAGUUGCUGAAAUUAAUGAUUUUGUGCUUGCUAUGACGCCCGGCGACAAACAUAUCUAUCUUAGCACAGAUUCUAUUUCAACAUCGUCAAGAGAGACUGACAUUGCCAAUUCAUUAUAUCCAACAGAAUAUAUCAACCAACUUGAAUUCAAUGGUGUGCCAUCUCAUACACUUGCUUUGAAAAUCGGAACACCAGUCAUGUUACUUAGAAAUAUCAACCCAUCUAUUGGUUUAUGUAAUGGGACAAGACUUAUAGUGACACAGCUUUCAGCGAGAGUCAUUGAAGCACAGAUAAUAACUGGGUCUAAUAUUGGUAAUAGAGGUAACGCAAUACAGGGCUCAGCUAAAGGCAAGGAUAUACAAUUGUUUACUACUUCUAUCAUUGAAGGUGAUUACUACCAAAUCAGCGGAUUCUAUACAUUUGAAAAUAGAUACACCAACUCCGUUGUUGCCCACGAAGCCGUUAUUGAUCUCAAGUCUGACACAAAAGUUGCAAGGCUUAAUCCACUGACACCCCAAGUACCACGCCAUUACUUUAACUUCAUCGACUUUGCACAUUUGUUGACUAAAGGAAAGGGAUCAAGAACACUCACUGAUGUACUCGGUCGAUUAAAAGCUAUUCAGCCACUUGAGCAAGUGUUGGUUCGAGGUCAAGACAUAACAGACAAGAAAGAGUUUAUCAUUGAAAAUAUCAGGGGUGAUGAACUUAGGAUAACUCUUUGGGGCGACGUUGCUAAAAGCUUUGAUGAUUCUGUUUUGCAUGAACACACAAAUCCAAUUAUUGUUGUUUUUGCUGGCUUUCGAGUCACUGAGUUUAAAGGAAAACCAAACCUUGCUAGCACUGUUGCCUCCUUAUGGUAUUUCAACCUAGAAAUUCCUGAGGUUCUUCCAUAUAAGCAUCACUAUAAUCAGCUGCCAGUUGAGGUCUAUCAACUCCCUGCUUCCAUGAAUGCCGUUAGAUCCAUCGAACAACAAAUAAAUGAAAACAGGAAGACUAUCAAAGAAAUUCUUUGUAUGGAUCCAUAUGAACACAAAAGCGAAAGAUUUACAUGCAAAGCUUCCAUAGCUGACUAUGAUCUUCAUAGAGGAUGGUGGUAUCAAAGUUGCCCUUUAUGCACAAAAUCAUUGUCUGACAAAGGCACAAUUUUUAGAUGCAUUGAACACAAUGAAGUAACGCCGGUUCCAUGGUUUAAAGUUGAUUGUAUUGUGACUGAUGGCAAUGAUGUUGCAACAUUUCUAAUGGUUGGAAAAACUGCUGAAAACUUCUUUAGCUCCUCUGCCCAUUGCUAUCUCUAUGACAAAGGGUUUAUUGAUUGCAUCCCACCUCCUAUGAUUGAAAAAUUAAACAAGGACAAGAUUUUCCAGCUGAGAUUUGGAGCUUUUCGCUCAAUUGUUAACCGUUGUGACAUCAUUGUUACCAAUGUUUUUGACGACAUUGUAACUGCUGAGGCUCCCCCCUUGCCUGAUGAACCAGAGCUACAUAUUAUUGAUGUUCCUCUUAAGAAUCAACCAGCUUCAUCAUCCUUUAAAGUUGCCUCUCCAUUAGACCCAACAACACCAACACCUAUUCCACCAUCCAAAACUAAUGCUAAUUUCUCACAACAGCCACAAGUGUCCCUAGAGCAACCAUAUAUGGUUGGUCCUUUUCCAUCACAGGCCAAAAGACAGUUGCUAUUUGAAGAUGAAACGCCUAUUCAAAGCUCUGCAAUAGCUAUUGUAGCUGAUCCUCAGGCUGGAUUCGCACCACUUGACCAUGAUACAUCAACCAUCGCUGAGGCAAAUGAUCCACCAUGCAAACGCCAACGCCCUUUUAAACAAGACCGUGAUUAG